AUGGAGAGUCUGUGGUUGUCUUUGCUCUUGCUAGCGGCAGUGUGCAGGGGCCAACCGUGUCCCAAACGCUGCAUGUGCCAGAGCCUCUCCCCAUCUCUCGCCAUCCUCUGCUCCAAAACCGGUCUGCUCUUCGUACCCGGGGCCAUAGACCGUCGUACUGUGGAGCUCCGACUGCAGGAGAACUUCAUUACAGCCGUGCGCAGGAAGGACUUUGCCAACAUGACGGGCCUGCUGCACCUGACUCUGUCCCGCAACACCAUCAGUCAGAUCCUGCCAGGGGCCUUCAGCGACCUACGCCGCCUCCGGGCCCUGCACCUCGACUCCAAUAGAUUAACUGUGAUCAAGGAUGACCAUUUCAAAGGCCUGACCAACCUACGUCAUCUGAUCCUGGCGAAUAACCAGCUCCACUCCAUUUCCCCACAUGCCUUUGACGACUUCCUGGCCACGCUGGAGGACCUGGACCUGAGCUACAACAACUUGAUGGAGGUCCCUUGGGAAACCAUCGGACGCCUCACCAAUGUCAACACCUUAAACAUGGACCACAACCUCAUAGAAAAUGUCCCACAAGGAGUGUUCACCAAUCUGCACAAACUAGCCAGGCUUGACAUGACGUCUAACAAGCUAAAGAAAAUCCCUCCAGAUCCAUUGUUCCUGAGAAUCCCGGUUUAUGCCAAGUCCAAAGGCUCCCCUCUCUCCUCGCUGGUCCUGAGUUUUGGGGGGAACCCUCUCCACUGUAACUGUGAGCUGCUGUGGCUCAGGAGGCUGACCCGAGAAGAUGAUCUAGAGACGUGUGCAUCUCCGCCUGACCUCAGUGCCAAGUACUUCUGGACCAUUCCUGAAGAGGAAUUCAUCUGUGAUCCACCAGUUCUGACCCGUAAGUCUCCUCAGACGGUGGCGAUGGAUGGACAGCCCGCCAGCCUCAAGUGCAAAGCCAACGGAGACCCAGAGCCAGAGGUCCACUGGAUCAGUCCUGAAGGCCGACUCAUAUCAAACACAUCCAGAACUAUGGUUUACCCUAACGGAAGCCUGGAAAUCAAUGCCACAACUGCUAAGGACGCUGGGAAUUUCACCUGCAUUGCCUCCAACGCUGCGGGGGAGUCUACGGGCCGAGUGGAGCUGGUUGUAACCGCCGUGCCCCACCUGGCCAACAGCACCAGCCGGAGUCGAGACCCCUCCUCUGACCCCGCCCCCUCGGACAUCCUCACCUCCUCUAAGGCCGCGUUACCUAGCAACGAGACACGAGGAACGGAUCGGAGAGUCUCAUUGGUGGAGCUGACGGGAAACUCGGCCCUCAUCAGGUGGAGCAGUCAGGCGCCCAUAACAGGAGUGAGGAUGUUCCAGGUCCAGUACAACAGCUCCGGGGAUGACACCUUGGUCUACAGAAUGAUUCCAUCCACGACCAACGACUUCCUGGUCCGUGACCUGGCGCCUGGGCGGAGCUACGACCUGUGUGUUUUGGCGGUGUUUGAUGAUGUGGUCACUUCACUCACUGCCACUCGCCCUUUGGGAUGUCUCUCCUUUAACACCGACACAGAGUUCAGUCAGUGCCAGGCUAUCCAUAGCCACUUUCUGGGAGGAACUAUGAUCAUUAUCAUUGGUGGAAUCAUUGUGGCUUCGGUUCUGGUUUUUAUAAUUAUCUUAAUGAUACGAUACAAAGUGUACAGCCAUGGAACGGGCCACGGGAAAGCGGCCAUUUCUGCGGCUGCACCAAGAACACAGAGCAACGGGCAAGGAGGACAGGUACAGGUCCUCCCUCAGUCUGCAUCCAAAGUGACUGAUGGUCAAGAGGACCAAGAGCUGGGCCCGUCCCGAGCCGUGUCGCCUAGCAACACCCUCAGAGACACUGUUGCUCUGGUGGAGGAGGAGAGCACAAGCCAGAACAUUAUGUCUAGGACUGACUCUUUGGCUAGUGAAGAAGUGCUCUCCCCUACUAAGGCCCGCUUCACUUCCCGAGUGGCCAUCGAGAUGAAAAACAGACCGCCAUCUGUCGCCAAAGAAGCAACCUCCCCCAAGGAUCUGGCAGCAGCAGACAGCAGACGGCCUCGUAGUGUGGAGUGGAGGGCCUAUAAGAUCUGAAGCUCAGUAGACCACAAAACUUCACUCUCAAAAGCCCUGAUGUUGUUGUUCAAAAUGGUGGACGUGGAGCGCACACUGCACCACCAGGGACAGCCUAAUGAAAAAGCCAGAAGAAAAAAAAAAACAACACCUGGACUGCCCUCUCCUGUGCCCCUUCUGUCACUCCCUUUUACUCCCCUCAUUCUUUGUUUCUCUAUAACACAGGCAUAUAGACCUUCACCUGGUUCUCACAAGAUUUGAAAGCAACAUCAUUGGUGGAUUUCAACGUUUUUGUAUCACUAUCUCUGUUUAGGUGGACCCAGUUGUUUUCAAAGCAGCGGCACUUACACAGUAUAUCCAAAUAUAUGAAAUGAAAACUUUGUCGGAGAGAUUGAAAAAAAAUGCAUGGAAUUUGAAAAGUAAUAUGACGCAAACAUUUGCACUGGCUCAACACAGGAACGCUGCUCCACGGCGUCUGCCAAUGUACGGAUUAACCUGGUAGACAAAACUGGAAUCAAGAAAGCACAAAAGCAGUGGAGCAGAACUUGUUUGAGCUUGAAUUUGGACUAUGUGAAAUGAAAAAUGCAGACUUUUUGAACUGGACUGGUUUGGUAUCAACUAGCGAAUCCUCUCUCCAACGCCUCGGGAGCUAAGGCUGGGAUACCCCUGUGGAUCAGUACUGCAGGCCCACUUAAACAGAGCCAGUGAUCAAAAGGGAAGCCACAAAGAACGUCUGAAGUUACCCAGAAAUCAACAGCUACAAGAGACAACAGAGGAGCAGGGUAUCAGUCACCGCUGUUCUGUCACGGCUUCAUUCACGUCAAUUAUGUCACUUAGCA